AAAGGAAUAUUCAUGAUGCAUAUGAACUACUGUGAUUGCUUAGAUGUUGAUGUACAAUGUAAAAAUAAAUAGCUGAAAAACAGCUAGUGUGCGACUUAACAGUUGCACUAUAAUCUAAUCCUCAAAGCUAUCUAUCUUGCUGGCUAUAAAAAGUAAAGAUCCACUACACAAUAAACAUCAACUGAGACAAUGAGACUGGUGGUCUGCAUGAGCACAAUUACACAGCAUAAAAAUAGGCGGCAAAACCAUGAGAAACAAAAUCAAAAAUAGGAAUUUUUUAGCAAAGCCACUAUGCAUGUGUUGUCUGGUUUUGUGUAUCAGCAAAUAUUAUUCAUACAACAGCAGGAAGUGUAAUUAUGAGGUAAAAACAGGUUGUCUAGUCAGCAAUCACAUUGAAAUGCAACCUUCUGAGAUGACACUAAUAGAGAUACUAAAGCUCAUAGUUCUUCUGCUUUGCUUUCUGGCUGGCUUCAGCACUGCACAAUAUUCAGUGAGUGUGGAGAGACCAUGUCCAAUGGAAACAGUCACUUUCACCUGCACAGCUCCUGGAGAUACCUUGAGAUGGGAGCUAUCAGAUGUUUCUCGCAUCACUAUUCGCUCCACCUCUGGUCUCAAUGUACCACUAAUGCCUCAACCAGGUUACACUGUGACAUUGAUUGCAUUUGAUGACACUACAUUAACAUCUACUCUGUCAAGAACAGCAGAGAAUGGGAUCACUGUGUCCUGUGUGGGUACUGUGUCUACCCUGACCACUAUAGGAUCUUCAACGAUUCAUUUGGUUGAUCUACCAGGACCACCGUCCACAAUAAGGCAUUCCAUUUCAAGCAGCUCAGCCAAUGAAGUCAGUGUAUCUGUACAGUGGGACCCUCCUACUGAGACUGGUGGUAGAGAUGACCUCACCAACACAGUGACCAUCUCACCUCCGGCCCAGCUCUCUGCUACUGUUCUCACAUCCACCUCUGUCACUGUGACUGCUCAAUACAAUGUGGACUACACUGUCAGUGUUGUGGCUACCAACUGUGCUGGGAACAGUACGGCAGCUGAGUACAACUUUAGGAUUGGCAACUGUCCUGUGUUGACCAACCCCAUGAAUGGAGCCUUUGGACCUGUCUCAAGCAGAUUACCAGGAUCCACAGUAACCUUCCAGUGUGACGCUGGAUAUGUAUCUGCUGUUACGAUGGUGACAUGUGAGGGUACACUGAUGUGGAGUCCAGACCCUGAGGCUAUUGAGUGUAUUUCACUAACCACACCUACUCCCACAACUCCUCCAGUGAGCUGCACAGCUCCACUAUCCUCACCACGGAAUGGCACCAUCAGUAAUCAUUCAGUACCAGCUAUUCCUGGUACACAAGUGACCUUCCAGUGUGACGAUGCACUGUUCCCUGAGGGGACAAUGACUGCCACCUGUCUAGCUACAGGAGAGUGGGACAAAAACCCAGGAGAGAUUGUCUGCAGAUAUGAGUUUUCGUGUGUCCUGCCUGCCCCUCCACUCAAUGGAACAUUACUUAACACCAACUCUCAGAACACUAACCUAGUCGAGGGCUCAGUCAUUACCUUCCAAUGUGAUCCUGGGUUCUCACCGGUGGGUGCAGUGAUUGUCACUUGUAACAACUCUGGUCUCUGGGAUCCUGACCUGGCUCUAUUGGAUUGUGUUUCUCCGACUGCUGCCACUCUAUCAAGUGGUGUAACUCUUGCCAUCGGUGUUACUACUACUUUCGUUGCCUCUACUCUCCUUGGAUUUCUCGCUGGACUCCUGGUGAUGUACUCGUUCAUGCGUAAGAAGGCAGUGUACUUCACAAGAAAAACAACAUUAUCUGCUGUAGAACCCACUAAACCAGUUGGUCCUGUUUACGAGGAGGUGUCACCCAAAGAGGAGAUUGAACUGAACACAAACCAGGCGUAUGGACCAUUAGGACUGUGAAAUUUCAUGCUACUAAUUUUAUACUAACUAUUAUUACGCAUAUGUUUUUUAGCCUGCUAUAGAUUGACUAACCAUUAAUUAUAAACAGUAAUUAUGAACAAUAGCAAUUAUAUUAAUUUUGCCAUAAUUAUUAUGGCUUGUUAUAAAAUACAUUCCAUGUACGUCAA